GUGAUAUUCUACUCCGCGACCGUCUGCUUAUCAAUUUAUCGAAUUCUGUACUUUAGGUCCUCCUAUGGUUUGCACAGGUACUGAAAAACCUCGAUAUCACCGUACAGGAGACCUGGCAAUCUGUGAUUCAACUCGAAAUCUGUCUUGUAUCCGACAAGAGUGAACUACAACAUAAGAUCUUUAAGAGGGUUUAGAUUUUGCUGUAUAAUGUCUGACUACAAUCCCAUUGCCUUUGACCACACUCACGUGCUCUAUGACCCUAAUGACAUCCUUGGGCUCGUAUCGGUUUUCUUCACGCUUCUCCCCAUCUUUGUCAUGGUGUUUUAUCUCUCGUGGUUCUUGCUCACGCGUGAAAUCCAGCCGGUGGUUAUUGUUGGGGGCCACAUCAUCAAUGAACUCUUCAAUCAUGUCUUGAAGAAGGUCUUCCGCCAGCCGCGUCCCGCGUUUCACGAGAACUUCGGCAAAGGUCGCAUUGACGCCAACGCUCCGCCACAGACGAUCUUUAAUAGUUUGAGUUACGGGAUGCCAAGCGCUCACUCACAAUUUAUGGGUUACUUCAUGAUUUUCUGGGCCUUAACUAUCUGUUACCAGUGGAAAGGAUUGAACACACACAAGAAGGUUGCUGGGUGUUUGACUUUAUUCGGGACGACCGUCGGGGUCGUUUCCAGCAGAGUGUAUCUUUGGUAUCACACCGUGGAACAAGUGGCUGUAGGAGUAUCUGUCGGCGCCUGUGUAGGUGCGGUAUACUUUAUUAUUGCCUGUUUGGCGAGACAGUACGGGUUGGUUGGAUGGGUGCUCAACUGGCCGGUGGUAAAGUACUUUUACGUCAAGGAUUCAUUCUACCUUGCCCCGUUGUCAUUUGAGGACGAGUAUAGAGAUAUGAUGCUGAGAGUCGCCAAGAGUGGGCCUCAAAAGAAACGAAACUAAACGAACCGAUAGUGAUAGACAUUUAAUAGACUGAAAGCUGAUAUUGCAUCGAAUAUAACCCUCA